GAUCUGAAGGGAGGUGGUGCUAAUUUAGAUUGACAGCGGAUUCAGUGUCACACGCACACACCCGCAUGUUGUACACGGCCCAUUAAAGAGCCUGACAGAGGAUUCAUCUGUUACUGGACGUCCCUACAACACAGAGGAUACAGGCGCUGUGAAUAAAGAACAAUGUCAGGACCGAGGCCCGUGGUGCUGAGUGGCCCCUCAGGAGCCGGGAAGAGCACUCUGAUGAAGAGGCUGAUGAACGAACAUGAAGGCAUCUUCGGAUUCAGCGUGUCACACACAACGAGAAACCCUCGACCAGGAGAGGAAGAUGGCAAAGGGCUGAACAAGCUCCCCAUGCUUCUGGGGGCUACUUUACUGCCCGUAGCAGACGUCUUAUCCUCUGAAGACUUAGAAUGUUGUCCAAAUGAAUCAGAGACCACACAUAAAGACUACCACUUCACAACAAGAGAGGCCUUGCAGGAGGGCAUUGACAACGGAGAGUUCAUUGAGAAUGCAGAGUUUUCUGGGAACUUGUAUGGAACAAGUAAGACUGCCGUAGAAGACGUGCAAGCCAAGAACCUUAUCUGUAUCCUUGAUGUGGACAUCCAGGGUGUGAAAAGGAUUAAAGAGACUGAUCUGAACCCAAUCUACAUCUCUAUCCAGCCUCCAUCCAUUGAGACUCUGGAGAAACGUCUGAGGGACAGGCAGACUGAAUCAGAGGAAAGUUUACAGAAACGUCUGGAGGCAGCGCGCAUUGAUAUGGAGCUCAGUAAGGAGCCCGGAGUGUUCGAUGUGGUUAUCAUCAAUGAUGACUUAGAGAAGGCCUAUCAGGAGCUGAAAGAUAUCCUCAGUGAAGAAAUUCAGAAAGUUCAGGAGGCCAAAUCAUAAUGUCUGCUGCUGGAUAGAAGAGGCAAUGACCUGAAUACCUUCAUCUUCACUGACUAAGAACAUUUACACCCUUUUACUCAUGGAAAUGAGUAAAAUGUUGUUGUUCUUAUUGUCAGUCUAGGUUGUGUUAGAUUUAGCUAUAUCUGAACCGUAGAUUUCUGUCAGGUGACUCAUGUAGCAUGGAAAAAGAAAAUAACUGAUCAACAACUGCCAAAUACAGUGAUCACUCUUAAUGCAUCCAGCUUUGGCGCAGACCCAUUCAUUGUCGAGUACACAUCAGUACUAGCAGCCGCUGCCUGCUACACACAGCACAUAAACUGUUCAAAGAAACAGUCCCACUGGUCUUCGUUUGUUUUGUUGGACUGAUUGAAGUAGAAAUUAAUUCUCUCAAAGUUUGUGUAUUAUAAAACAACAACUAGGAUGAUUUAUAUUUACUGCAUAUUAUUCAGAUUGCAUGACCCAUAUAUUAGCCUCGGUACAUUUGUGUGUUACAUGUCAUAAGUAUAUGUGUUUGUGCACAAAUAACACAGAAUAAAAGAUGACGAUGACUGAA